AUGCGUCGUCUCAGAACCUCGAAUUCGUUCUUCUCGUUCCCCGGAAACCGGCCGCUCACCUACCAGACUGAACUGUUCAAGGUGAAACGCAACCGGCUCGGCGGAAGAGAAGAACAGACACGUCUGCUCAGAGACGACGUGACUGUUCCUCGCAGGAUGGCCAGUCGUCGGGGAGGGUCCCCCCUCCUCGGGAUGGUCUUGGACUGUAGCCGCAGAGGCCGCCGUCUCUCAGGGGGGGGAGGAGACGGCUUUGUGUCGCUCCUCUCCGUCGAUUUGCAGACGAACCCCUCGAUCCCCGGUUUCCGUUGGCGCGCGGCGCAUCAGAGGCUGAAUAUGAGGAGCGGGGACGUGUCGUCUCAGAACCACGAAUUCGUUCUUCUCGUUCCCCCGAAACCGGCCGCUCACCUACCAGACUGA